AUACGCGUUGUUUUUCUCCUUCAAAUCCUUCCAUUCCCUUUCUUUCUUUUUUUUUCUUCUUCUUCUUCUUUCUGUUACAUUCGCCUUCUCUAGGUUUUUUUCUCUGCGACAAAUUCAAUUUCCUUUUGAGGCUUUUGAUUUGAGAACUGCAUUUUAGAGAUCAGUUUUUGUUUAUAACUCGUAAAUCAGGAAAUAAGUGCAAUUUGCAAGGAUUUGGAAGCCUUGUAAUAUUUCCUUUUCAAGGAUCCUGGAGCAAAUCAUGUUCGGCCACCUCCAAUAGAUGCAGUUUACUUUUGGAAAUGAGAAGGUUGCCUGCACUUGAUGGACUGCUCGCCUAGCAGCUGUGACAAGAAAACAUUACAGAGGUGGUUUUUCAUAGACAAAAGGGUCGGAUCAAAAGCAUUUGUCUAGGGUACAUACUUUUGCUUGUGAUUGAGUGGCUGAUAUCAUAGACUUAGUUUCUCCAUUAACACUUCGGAAAUCCAAACACCAUGGAGAUAAAGUCAAAUCAAACAUCUCCUGUUCUUACUGAUCCUGCACCAGUAAACAAGUCAAGGUUAGGCACGUAUUCAGGCCUCUUGCCUUACCCACCAGCAGGAGCAACAUUCUCCUCUGGGAAGUACGUAAAAAUUCCAAGGAAAAAGCCAGGGACGCUCGAUGAUGUUCGCUCCAAUGGGUGGUUGGAUGCCAUGAAAUCCUCGUCACCUCCUCGGAAAAAGCUAAUUAAGGAUUUCACUGUGCAGAUUACUUCUGAUGAUACUGAUACUGCUCAUCUCUCGUGGAUGCUCAAGUAUCCUUCAGCACUUCACUCUUUUACACAAAUCACAGAUUACGCAAAAAACAAGAAGAUUGCAAUGUUUCUUGAUUACGAUGGGACUCUUUCACCAAUAGUGGAUGACCCAGAUUGUGCUCUUAUGUCCAGUGAUAUGCGUUCUGCAGUAAGAAAUGCUGCAAAGUAUGUCCCUACAGCAAUAAUUAGUGGAAGAAGUCGUGAUAAGGUUUAUGAGUUGGUAGAACUAAGAGAACUAUAUUAUGCUGGUAGUCAUGGAAUGGACAUCAUGGGACCCGUCAAUCACUCGGCCACUGAUGACCAUUCAAAUAAUUGUAUAAUUAGAUCUACUGACCAACAGGACAAGGAAGUAAAUCUGUUCCAGCCCGCUAAAGAAUUUAUACCUAUGAUCGAUGAGGUUUUUAGAACCCUUGUCGAGAAUACUAAAGGAAUCCAGGGUUCAAAAGUCGAGAAUCACAAGUUUUGCGUCUCUGUACAUUACCGUAAUGUAGAUGAGAAGAACUGGCCAACUAUUGCCCAACUUGUUCAUGAUAUUCUUAAAAAUUACCCUCGUUUACGACUAACACAUGGGCGAAAGGUUUUAGAAGUCCGUCCUAUGAUUGACUGGAAUAAGGGAAAAGCAGUUGAAUUUCUGUUGGACUCACUUGGGUUAAGUAAAAGUGAUGAUGUGCUCCCAAUUUACAUUGGAGAUGAUAAAACUGAUGAAGAUGCAUUCAAGGUGUUGCGGGAAAAGUGUGGAGGUUAUGGAAUUCUGGUGUCUCCAGUCCCAAAAGAAACCAAGGCAUUUUACUCUCUCAAGGACCCAUCAGAGGUAAUGAAAUUUCUGGAGUCUCUUGUGAGAUGGAAGAAUAAGCAGGAAGGAGCUUAAUAGACUAAUGAAUUUUCAGAAAUGGAGAAGCUGCAGUGUGAUUUUCAAGUAGGCUAUGAUCACUUGGUUCUGUUUUUUUUUUUUUUUUUUUUUCCCUUUUCUAUUUGUUCCUUAUUAUUGAGGCAGCGUAAGCUUUGUCCUCAUUUUGUAUUUAUAGCUAGGGAGUUAGAAUACUAUCAAUGUUAUCAAUUAUGGAAAACUAUUUGCCAGUUAUCUUUCCUUUUACUUGUAACCAGUUCCCAGGUUGAUGUUGUCUUCUCUUCCACUA